CGCGGUGACGUCACUUCCGGGAUGUUGUCAGACAGAAGUCGUCUCCGUCGAUCGCAGUCGGUGUGUGUGUGUUUCCACUUCGACGCGUUGGGUUCAAGCCGCGGGAUGGACCGGGGUCUUUGCGUGCGCGGUGCUCGCUCGUCUGUCCUGUGAUGCGGAGCGGAGCGCUCGUGUCGCCUCUGCGGGGAUCAGUGUCGCGGGAGCGCGCUCAGACAGGAUGAUCCGCUGGAUCCGACAGCAGCUGGGCUUCGACCCUCCCCAUCAGAGUGACACACGCACAGUCUACAUAGCAAACAAGUUCCCCCAGCACGGCCAUUAUAUUCCUCCCAGGUUUGCAGACAACAGGAUCAUCUCCUCCAAGUACACCAUAUGGAACUUCAUCCCCAAGAAUUUGUUUGAGCAGUUCAGAAGGAUCGCCAAUUUUUAUUUUCUCAUCAUCUUCUUGGUUCAGUUAAUGAUAGACACACCCACUUCCCCUAUAACCAGUGGACUUCCCCUGUUCUUUGUCAUCACAGUGACUGCCAUCAAGCAGGGAUAUGAAGACUGGCUGAGGCACAAAGCCGACAAUGAAGUGAACGGAGCACCUGUGUUUGUCGUGCGCAGCGGCAGUCUGGUCCAAACCAAAUCUAAGAAUAUCCGAGUAGGUGAUAUUGUGAGAGUAGCCAAAGAUGAGACGUUUCCUGCGGAUCUGGUGCUUUUGUCAUCGGAUCGGGCCGAGGGGACGUGCCACAUCACCACCACCAGCCUGGACGGAGAGACCAACCUGAAGACGCACUAUGCGGUGCCAGAAACAGCGGUGUCUCAGUCGGUGUCGCGGCUGGAGUCUCUGCAGGCCGUGUUGGAGUGCCAGCAGCCCGAGGCAGACUUAUACAGGUUCGUCGGGAGAAUAACAGUGACCCAACAAGGAGAGGAGAUCGUCCGACCUUUAGGACCAGAGAACCUCCUGCUUCGAGGAGCAAGAUUAAAAAACACCAAAGAAAUCUUUGGUGUGGCCGUGUACACAGGCAUGGAGUCCAAGAUGGCUCUGAACUACAAGUGCAAGUCCCAGAAGCGCUCUGCGGUGGAGAAAUCCAUGAACACGUUUCUCAUCAUCUACUUGGGCAUCCUGCUGUUUGAAGCCAUCCUCAGCACUAUUUUGAAGUACGCCUGGCAGGCGGAGAACAAGUGGGACGAGCCGUUUUACAACCAGAAGACCGCCCAGGAGAGAAACAGCAGUCAGAUCUUGAAGUUUAUUUCCGACUUCCUGGCGUUCCUGGUGCUGUACAACUUCAUCAUCCCCAUCUCGCUGUACGUGACUGUGGAGAUGCAGAAGUUUCUGGGCUCUUUCUUCAUCGGCUGGGACUUGGAUCUGUAUCAUGAAGAGAGCGACCAGAAGGCCCAAGUCAACACAUCAGACCUCAACGAGGAGCUGGGCCAGGUGGAGUAUGUUUUCACAGAUAAAACAGGAACUCUCACGGAGAACGAGAUGCAGUUCAGAGAGUGUUCUAUCAACGGGAUCAAAUACCAGGAGAUCAACGGGAAGCUCGUCCCUGAAGGAAUGACUGAAGACUCUCCAGACGGAUCGCUGCCUUGUUUGAGCAGGGAGGAGGAGUUGUUCCUGAAAGCCGUCUCACUGUGUCACACGGUUCAGAUCAGCUAUGAUCAGACGGAUGGGCCGGGAGACCCCUUCUCACACGCCAACGGCUUCUCGCCCCAGAUGGAGUAUUACGCCUCGUCUCCUGACGAGAAAGCACUAGUGGAAGCCACCAAGAGGAUGGGGGUGACGUUUAUGGGAAGCCAUGGAGAAAUCAUGGAGAUUAAAACGUUUGGAAAAGCAGAGAAGUACAAACUGCUCCACGUUCUGGAGUUUGACGCGGACCGCAGGAGGAUGAGUGUGAUUCUGCAGAAGCCCUCAGGUGAGAAGGUGCUAUUCACGAAAGGAGCCGAGUCCGCCGUUCUGCCCUACGCCACGAGCGGCGAGAUGGAGAAAACCAGAGUCCACGUGGAUGAGUUUGCUCUGAAGGGUUUGAGGACGUUGGUGGUGGCCUGCAGACACUUCAGUGCAGAUGAGUAUCAGGAAGUGGACCGGCGGCUCCAUGAGGCCAGAACGGCUCUGCAGCAGAGAGAGGAACGACUGGUCGAGGUCUUCAACUUCAUCGAGAAAGACCUGGAGCUGCUGGGAGCGACCGCCGUGGAGGACAAGCUGCAGGACAAGGUCCAGGAGACGAUUGAAUCUCUGCGACUGGCUGGGAUCAAGGUGUGGGUGUUGACCGGUGACAAGCAUGAGACGGCGGUCAGCGUGAGCCUCUCUUGUGGUCACUUCCAUCGCACCAUGAACAUCCUGGAGCUGGUGCAGCAGGAGUCCGACCGCGAGUGUGCCGUGCAGCUCCGCACACUGGCCCGCAGGAUCCGAGAGGAUCAUGUGAUCCAGCACGGGCUGGUCGUGGACGGGGUCAGCCUUUCCCUGACUCUGCGGGAACAUGAGAAACUCUUCCUGGAGGUGUGUAAGAGCUGCUCGGCGGUGCUCUGCUGCAGGAUGGCACCUCUCCAAAAAGCCAAGGUGGUGAGACUCUUGAAGACUUCUCCUGAGAAGCCCAUCACGUUAGCCAUCGGAGACGGAGCCAACGACGUCAGUAUGAUCCAAGAGGCUCACGUCGGUAUCGGAAUCAUGGGCAAAGAAGGAAGACAAGCCGUCAGAAACAGCGACUAUGCAAUCGCCCGGUUCAAGUUCCUCGCCAAACUGCUGCUUGUGCACGGCCAUUUCUACUACAUCAGAAUAGCAACCCUUGUGCAGUACUUUUUCUACAAGAAUGUGUGCUUUAUCACUCCACAGUUUUUAUACCAGUUCUUCUGUUUGUUCUCACAACAAACCCUUUAUGACAGCGUGUAUCUGACGCUGUAUAAUAUCUGCUUCACCUCUCUGCCCAUCCUGGUGUACAGUCUGUUUGAGCAGCUGGUGCAUCCAGACGUUCUGCAGAGCAAACCAGCGCUUUACAGAGACAUCAGUAAAAACUCCCUGCUGUCCUUCAAGACCUUCUUGUACUGGACCUUCCUGGGCUUCUGCCACGCCUUCGUCUUCUUCUUCGGCUCCUACAUCCUGAUGGGAGAAGACACCACGCUGAUGGGGAACGGCCAGAUGUUUGGAAACUGGACGUUUGGCACUCUAGUAUUCACGGUGAUGGUUAUUACGGUCACGCUGAAACUGGCCUUAGAGACACAUUUCUGGACGUGGAUGAACCACUUUGUCACAUGGGGCUCCAUCGCCUUCUACUUCAUCUUCUCCUUGUUUUAUGGCGGCAUCAUCUGGCCAUUUCUUCACACGCAGGACAUGUACUUCGUCUUUGUUCAGCUGCUGUCCAGUGGCUCGGCCUGGUUUGCCAUCUUCAUCAUCGUCAUCACCUGCCUGUUUCCUGAUGUCAUCAAGAAAGUCUUUUACAGGCACCUGCAGCCCACCAACACGCAGAAAUCUCAGAUGGAAGCGGAUAAGGUUUCAGUCAGCUCAGAAUAUGACACUGCUGAAAUCGGGAGCAGAGGGGAGGACAAUCGGCCACUGAUCGCUGCUUUUCCUCCACCUCUGGUGCAGCCCCACCCUUCCCCUAGUUUAUUGAGGACUACCAGGGCAUCGGAUGCGUGGACUCCAUGUGCUGUUCCUCGGAGGGGCAGAACGUCUGCUCACGGCUGGGCCGGCUGGUGGAGCGAAUGAUGGCCCGCUGUGACCCCGCUCGGGCCACCAGGUGUGACCUCUCUCUCUCUAACCUCUGCUGUAAACACAUCUCCUACAAGCUGGAGCACGACGAGCCCGCGGCCCUGGACGAGUGAGGGCCGCCAGUGCACUCAAAGCAUUCCCUAAUGAUUACAAUGUAGAAUUUAAGACCGGAACGGGUGAAUUCAUUUGCCUUUAAUUUUACAAAGAUUAGCUAGAAGUUCAAGUGAGCUUCAUUACCUGGGAUGCUCCAGGCACAUACGUAUACAAGGAAGUGUAAAAAAAACAAUGCCAUGAGGUUACUUUGAAUCAACCCUUCCAACCCAUUGUCUUUGUCUUUCAUCGUCUUCACCUUCUUUCGAGGUGCGUCCUUCUUUGCUGGUGUCGCUUAUCGUGUCUUUUCUCUAUGUGGCAGAUUAAUGUUCUCUGCUGAAGAUCUUGUGCCUCCAUAUGAGUCCAUAAUCGAUGAAGCUGUGUCUUGUCAUCCUCAUUCUCAGACAUCAGUUAUUAGCAAAGCAAACGUUUGUAGCACCAAUUUAUGCAAGUAUUUGCUCGUGGAAUGUUGGACUGUCUGACUUGAUCCAUGGAACAUCCUGUCAUUAUGUGUUCUGAGACGUUGCAUCCCUGUUCAAGUGUGUGUUGGAAUCUGCGUCCUAGUCUUUGCCUUGCGUGUGUGCCUCUCUGUGGAGGGGUUUGUGAUGGCAUGCGACCGUAAUGCACUCCUAAGCCUAACGUAAAUCCUAGUUUUCACGUAAUCGUUUUGACUAUUGGCAUCCGCACUUUGGGAAGCAGGGCGCUUCCAAAACUACUCCACAGUGUUGAGAUGAGUACACGGAGACCUGGUCUCGCUAAAUAUAAGACUCCUGUUCCAGUUUAAUGGCUAGAACACUGCCAUUGAAGCGCAGGGUACUAGAGAAGGCUUCUGCUUUGGCUGGCCGAUGGUAGCUGUGAUCGGCCCAUUUAUCAAAAAGAAAAACUCAACAGGGGACCACAUAGGGGUCUUACUGUAGUCUCCAAGAGGAUUCUUGAUUGUUUUCGUUCAUCUUUUUUGGUUACGUUAAACUUGGAGCCUCAUGGAAGUCAAAAUCAGUCUGUCUAAUAGCAUGAUGGCAGCGUUUCAUAUUCAGUGUGUUAAACUGGUGGGCAAAUCCCAGAGAGUGUGUGCGUCCUCCCAGAGUAUUACUAAACACCUUACUCGCUUUAUCGCUGUUCAUUUACCAUUUUUUUGUCUCCGUCUUUACGAUUUCAAAUGAAGCAUCUAAACGAUUACAUGUAUGUUGUUGCAUUCAUCAAUGAUCUGUACUGUUUUUCUGCCAUGUGUUUUCAGAUCAGUGGUUCUCAGCUGGUGGGUAAUGAGGCAAAAAUACAUCACGUUGCUACAUUUAAAUUUGAAAAAUAGGUCAAAAGAUCCUCAUCUCAAAUUGGAGCCGAUUUCUGCUGGCUUGGUUGGAAGAUGAUCUUAGCCAGUUUUGGUGUAAAUCAAACCAACAGUUUAGGUAGAUUUUUUCUUUAGGUAGAAUGGUUAGUUUUAUCAAAAAGCUGGCCAGCAUGGUCUGAAGAUUAUCUAAGCCUAUUUCAGUUAAAAUCAGACGAGUUCGAAGUAGUACUUUGGUGCUUGGGCCAUAAAAAACACACAAGUAUCUUUUAAUAGGCAGAUGCCAACAGUGAGAAAAACAAACAAUGUAUUAGUUUUUCUUUGACCUUGACCAUUUUUUUCAGUGCACUUAGAUCACUUGGCACACUGGGGCAACACAUGUGAUAUCAACAACAAAAUCCGGGUCCCUAAGCAAAACCAGUUGAGAACCACUGCUUUAGACAGUGAAGGAGAUUGUUUAUUACCGUAUGAAGCCAGUAAGCUGCAUAUACCAUAUAAAUGCAAAUAUACACUCUGAUUUAAACUUUUUACCUCUUCAAGGUCUUAAAACGGUUGUCUUCAUCUUUAACAUUUACAUUUGCCCUCUACCACUUCUUUAUAUCCAAAGAUAGUCGCAUUACUGUAGCUAUCAAUGUAUUCUUUAUCUUAUAUAUAUAUAUAUAUAUAUAUGUGUGUAUAUAUAUAUAUAUAUAGCAUGGAUCUAUUUGUAAUAUGGCUGUACUUUAAUGGGUUAGUCCAUUGGAUGAAGACAAUGCCCUGUGGUGUUCAAGAGUAGCAGAUCUGGCGUUUGAGGAAUACAGCUUUGGAACGGCUUAGAUCCUCAAGGGCUGCUUAAUUCCACUGUUUACCAAUAUAAUAUACAUUUUAUAAACCUAUAUACACAUAUUUUUCUACAAGCAAUAGAUUUAUGUUACGAAUUAAUACGUAAAUGAUCUUUUUCACAUAUAGGGUGCCAUACCCAACAUAUUCUGGCUAGGAAAAGGUUAAUACUUUCAUACGAAUGUAGUCUAUGUGAAUGUCAAGCCUGUGGAAGGAUGUUGUGUUUGUAUUUGUUUAUUUUCUGCAACCAUGCACAUUAACCCAUCUUGUACUAAUGCACACUCAUCUAUUUCUCCAUUGGCUUUGACUCUGACUGCUGCUUGCUAAUCUUCAUACACAAAGAGUUUGUUAGUUAAAGAGAGAUUUAUAAGGGAUGCACAGAUAUUCAGGAAUAUACUCUGGUAGCCCAAUAAUUAAUAACCCAAUCCCAAGACUUUUAACAUUAUGGAACCUUAUAGGAUGGAAAUAAAGAGCUAAAAUGAGAUAUUUCUUAGUGAGGUGUCAAAUUAAAGUUCAUUUUAAUCUCUUUUAAUCAUUAUUUGAAAUUAUAUAUUUGAAUUAAUACAUUUUUAAAGUGAGACAAGCCAAAUAAUGCCACAACCAAUAGUUUAUCAAAUCUGUUGAUAAUAGUGAGGUUUGUGCUGAAGUUUUUCCACAUAUAUGAUGUCACUUCCUGGAGAAUGAAGUCAUUAAGGCCCAUUAAAGGGAUUGUUCAGACAAAAAUGAAAAAUGUAAUUAGUUAUUCACCCUUUUUAUUCAUGUUAAUCCAAACCAGAAAUAUUUUUGGUCAUAUUCAAAUCAAAUGUAAAGAUUUUGUUUAAACUGGAGAUAUUUCUUACACUCCAUUAAAUGCAUGUUCAACCAAAAUGUUGUUGCUUCAAAAAGUGAAUCAAACAAAAUCUCAACAGUGCUUGUGCCAUCUUUGAGAACAAACCUCAUUGGUUCUCACUCUUCAAAUAAGCAUGUUUAAGCUUUAAGAUGUUUACCAUAUUCGAUGUGCUUUAUGUGUCUUGGUCAGUUUUUAGAUUAUGUCUUAAACUUUUGAAGCAUUCAAAUUUUGGUGUAAUGGACUUUGAAUGGAAGGACCAAAUUAUUUUACUAAAACAUAUUUAUCUGUGUCUUAUGGGUUUGGAAUGACAUGAGGGUGAGUAAGUGAUCACACAAUUUUCAUUCUCAGGUGAACUAUCCUUUUAAGGAUAUGUUAUUAGAUAUAGUAAGAAUUAAUAGCCAAAAAUAUAUAUAUUUUUUAAUAAAUUCACAGUUUUAUCCGCAAAAUAAAAUGUUUGGUUGAAGCAUGGAUAUAGUCAUAGUACAAGUUAAUGAUUAGCAGAUGUUUUAUACCAUCUAUACUUACAAUUACAAAUAUAUAUAUAUAUAUAUAUAUAUAUAUAUAUAUAUAUAUAUAUAUAUAUAUAUAUAUAUAUAUAUAUAUAUAUAUAUAUAUAUAUAUAUAUAUAUAUAUAUAUAUAUAUAUAUAUCUAAAUAGAAAAACUAUAUAUUACUUUCAUAAUGUUUUAAUUUGGGGGGAGAAAUUCAUAUUAAUCAAACUGAUAGCCCUAAAAUCUGAUAUAUAUAUAGUGCAUCCCUAGUAUUGAGGUCCCACACUGGUCCUGAACGUUCCUCUCAGUCAGUCAGAUUGUCGAGCAGCUUUGAAUUGACACCUCCAAACUGUCCCCACUGUCCCCCUCACUGUUCGCAAUUUCCUUGAUCCUUCCAGAUCUUUGAGUGACUCGGACACCUUCUUUUCCAACGACCGGAGCAUCCUGACGCUCUCGCCCAUGGAGGUCUCUCAUUGUUAAUGCACCAGCCCAAAAAGGAUCCGCUCGUAGAGUGUGGAGAUGUCUGACCUUUACCCCGUCCCCCUGCCCGUGCCCAGUCACCAGCCCGACUGUCACACUUUAGAUUCUCUGUUAAUCAGAGCAUCAUGUCACAUGUGAUCAGCAACCAGGGACAGGCAGUGGCUCCAGCAAAAACCAAAGGAUUUGUGUGUCUUGAGUUUCUGCUGCUAGCAAACCCACGGAACUGUACGCAAAGAACCACCUUCUUUCCUGAGGAAAACGAGGGGGUCUUUUUGAAGCCAUAAUUUUCCCUUUUAAUUGCCUGAUUUUCAAGGUAUUAAAUGUGAGUGCCAUGUAGCGCUAGCUCACAAACCUGUAGCCUCCUAUCCUUAGAUGCCUACCUGUACACCCAGCCUGAGUUGUGGUUCGUACAGAAUUAUCAUGAUGCAAGAAUGUCGCGAUGGAGUACUUGAUUGAAAACUCACAUAUCAUCCUUGAACUCGAUCACUUUAACCUCCAUCUGCCAUGUGCCUGCAUAUAAUUUCUUGUUUUCCUGUCUUGCACAUGCUAUGUUGUCAUCUCUAACCAUUGUCAACGGUUAAUUUAUCAUUGUUGCUGUGUUCCGUGUUUUUCUGCUUGUGUUGCUAACCACUUGUCAAAGCUGUUUUGUUUUGAUUAUUUUUUAAUUUGCGUGUGGACGUGUGUGUGUAUUUAAUCACGUAUGAGGGUAUAGUCAGAGUAAAAGGAAUGAAAUUCAUCCUACAUGGGCCGUGGGAUAUUGUAAGGCCGGAGCAUUGAGACAACCGUUUUAAACUUGCUUAGAUCAACUAUAUUGAAGUUUAUGAUAUCAGACUGCAUGCUACACUUGGGUCAAUCUGUCUCAAUAACCGUGUAAAAGAGGACUACGUCAACUGGACCUAAAUGCUCCUGAUUUGAGGAGUCUAGUCUUGGGGUUUUUUCUUUAGUUUUGAUGCAAAGACCUUGAUGCCCUGGAUCUCACAGGUAUCAGUUGGAAUCUGGUGCCGUGACCCUGUGGAAGUUGGAAGUCCGAUUUUUUUAUUUUUAUGAAGUAUGGUUACGUUAUGAAUUUUGGUUUCCUCUAUUUUGGUACUUAUUCUAUCUAGUUUUUUAUUGGUAUAUCACUCUUUUCAUAUCAAAAUUCAAACCCAAAAUGACUCCUGACCGCUGAUCAUUACUAUUUCAUAUCUUGUGUUGAACGGCAGAGGUGCUUUGCUGUAUAAUGUAUUGUCUUGAAUUAUAUAGCAAUGCAGUAUGUCAUUUGUUACUCAGAGACAUUAGCAAUAAGACUCAAUCUAGACUGGAAAUACCUGAUCUAGCUGUGAUGUCAGUCAUCCAUGUUGCGGUUUCAUCUUUUUUGUGUAAACAUGUUCUUUUAAUUGUACUCUCCUUACAGUGAAUAUGUUUCAUUGCUGAUGUUUAUGAAAGUUCUAUUUGCAGAAUAAAUAUCUUUAUAAAAUCUA